AUGUCUAUGAUGCAACCUGACCAUGGAAAUGACGACCAGUACCCGUACACAUCACAGCCGCAUGAUCCAAGACAAUCUCCGAGUGGAUACCGUGAUGGUGGCAUAGUUUCGCCGGAUUCCCACGACUCGAGUGAACCGCUGCCAGGGACAUGGAACGAACCAAUCUCAUUCAAGCGCAAACCAAAACACCAGUCCACUUUCAGUUUGUCGAAGUUAUUCACAGGUAGCGAUGCUUCCGCCUCACGAAACCCACAACUGCCAGGCGGUACCUCGUCAUCAAGACGUGCCUCGGUCGGUGGUAGCGAGAACCUGAAUACACAGAAAGAUGGCGGUCUACUCGAUUGGUAUAUCGAAGGACCUGGACGGCGGGUAGGCUACGAUGAUCUCACGGCGAUCGAUUGGAUCUUCGAAUAUUCCAAAGAGCGGCAACGGAAGAGGGUACUCUAUUCCAGCGGCCAGGGUGUCACAGGAUACAUUCACAAGCUUAUAAAUGCGGGCAAUAUUUGGAUCGUGUUGAUCGCCACGGGGAUUUCGGUUGGCAUCAUUGCAGCUUGCAUUGAUAUUACAAGCAAUUGGCUGGGAGAUCUCAAAACUGGAUAUUGCAGGAGCGGUUCUGGAGGAGGGAAGUUCUACUUGAACCGGGAUUUUUGUUGCUGGGGGCAUGAUGGUGAGCCGGCUGCUGCUGUCAAAGUUCCGUCGCAACAUAUGCUGAUCUCAUAUUUCAAACCAGACCUGUCGAAAUGUAUAGACUGGACACCAUGGGGGAAAGCGUUCGGAGUUACCUCCAAGGGUGGAGGUUUUGCAGUUGAAUAUAUUUUCUAUAUUCUUUACUCUGUGUUAUUUGCUGUUUGUGCUAGCCUCUUGGUCAGGUCUUAUGCAAUCUAUGCAAGGCAUAGUGGAAUCCCCGAGAUCAAGACGGUUCUUGGUGGCUUUGUGAUCAAACAUUUCAUGGGUGCUUGGACUCUUGCCAUCAAGUCCAUAGGUCUUUGCUUAUCCGUGGCUUCUGGCAUGUGGUUGGGCAAAGAAGGCCCGCUUGUUCAUGUUGCGUGCUGCUGUGCCAAUGUGUUGAUGAAACCUUUCGAGAGCCUCAACAACAAUGAAGCGAGGAAGCGUGAAGUUUUGUCAGCCGCUGCAGCUGCAGGGGUCUCUGUUGCCUUUGGAGCGCCUAUCGGUGGCGUUCUGUUUAGUCUGGAACAACUGUCAUACUACUUCCCAGAUAAGACGAUGUGGCAAAGCUUUGUGUGUGCUAUGGUCGCUGCAGUUACCUUACAAGCGAUCAACCCAUUCCGAACAGGAAACAUUGUUCUUUACGAGGUCACCUAUACACGCGGAUGGCAUCGCUUUGAAAUGAUACCCUUCAUUAUACUUGGCAUAGUAGGUGGAAUAUAUGGUGCUUUCUUAAUUCGGCUGAAUUUGAAAGUUGCCAAAUGGCGACGGACUCGGGGCUGGUCUUACCCUGUCAUCGAAGUGUUUGCCAUAGCCCUUUUAACGGCCUUGAUCAACUUUCCCAACCUGUUCAUGAGAGCUCAAAACUCGGAGCUCGUCCAUUACCUCUUUGCUGAAUGUGGCAGUGGGAAUUCCAUCGAUGACUUGUUCGGCCUCUGUAAGACCGGGGCAGCAUCAGUCAGCACGAUAACUCUUCUACUUAUGGCAGCCAUUCUUGGCUUCUUUCUGGCUUCGCUGACCUUUGGUCUCGACAUACCCGCUGGUAUAAUCCUUCCAUCGGUCGCCAUCGGGGCUCUCUAUGGACGUGCCAUGGGCACCGCAUUCAAGAUGUGGCAAGAAGCCUACCCGGAAGCCUUUCUGUUUGGACGAUGCGAGCCCGAUGUUCCCUGCGUGACCCCUGGUAUAUAUGCAAUUGUCGGCGCGGCUUCGGCUCUUGGUGGCGCCACAAGAAUGACCGUAUCGAUCGUGGUUAUCAUGUUUGAGCUAACGGGCGCUUUGACUUACGUUAUUCCGAUCAUGAUUGCGGUCAUGUUGUCUAAGUGGUGCGGUGAUAUCUUUGGGAAGCGUGGUAUCUAUGAGUCUUGGAUCCACCUGAACGAAUAUCCUUUUAUAGACCACCGCGACGAUACUGCUCCCCCGGAUGUGCCUGCUCAUAGAGUGAUGACAGUGGUCGAUGACCUCACAGCCAUCGUUGCCGUUGGCCAUACCAUUGAUACUCUUCGCAAUCUCCUCGAUACGACUUCCUACCGUGGUUUCCCCGUCGUCACCGACACAUCAAACCCGAUUCUACUGGGCUUCAUCUCUCGAAGCGAGCUUUUAUACGCCCUGAAAAAUUCCUUGUCGCCGGCAGACCGCAAAUUUCCGGGUACGACUCAGGUGAUAUUUGCUCACCAACCAUUCGCGGAUCCGAUGGAAACACUUGAUCUGCGUCCUUGGAUGGACCAGACACCAAUAACCCUCAACAGCGGUACCACAUUCUUGAUAGUACUACAGAUGUUCCAGAGACUUGGUCUCCGUUACGUUCUGUUUUCUAAUAAGGGCGUUCUCCAGGGACUGCUCACUAAGAAAGAUGUCUGGUCCGUCAUUAAUGGGUCAGGUUUCCGUCAAGGUGAAGCCUUAAGAGAACAUAAUUUUCAUCAGCCACAUGUGGCAGAGGAGGUCGGAUUACUUGAAGGUGACGAUAUGACUAGCCUUGCUAGCUCUUUGGAUAGAAGAGAAUCGCUUUGA